GCAGGUUUUGACCAACUGGUUUUCAUGACAAUGGAAUUUUUCCUCUCCAGGAUGGAAAGGAAGAACCUCUUCCUAAGCCUAUUGCUCUGCUAUAGUUUGUUCAGAGCUGCUGAUCAUCACAUGGUAAUUGAAGAGAAGACAGAAUGCAGCCUGUCAAGGAACAACAAAAUGAAUUUCUCAGAUCUCCCACCCAUCUCCAUAGCAGAUUUAACUAAAAGAUCCCAGAAAGUCAGCAGGAAAGAGGCAGAGAUCAGGAAAUCUUCCAAGAAAAGAGCUGGACCAAAGACGUCUCUGAAUCCAAGGCCCGCACCAGCUGCUGACUGCGUGCCAAACUUCAAAACCUGCAAACCACACUUGACUUCGUGUUGUAAUUACUGUGCUUUUUGCAAAUGCCGAAUUUUUCAGACAAUCUGCAAAUGUCUAAUGUUAAACCCAAAGUGCUAAAGCCAAACUGGGAACACAAUAGGGCUUCUGUCUUUCAUUAGCUUCUCAAGUGUAGAUUUCAAAUUGCCUCAUAUGUAUAGCAAUUAAAGUAGAGAGCUUUGAAGCUGGCAGCUUGGAUUUGCCCUUCUUAAAAUUGAAUGGAUAAUGUUGGAGUUUCUUUCCAUUGGGUUAAGGCUGCCACAAGGACAGCAUAGCACCAGCUUCCAGCACAGACAAAUACCAUGCUGAAAGUUCAGGUUUCAGGGUUAAUUCCUGUUUCACACAUUCAGCAAAAAUCAGGUUUUUCUACCUGAAAAGACAGAUCCAAAACAAUAAGGCAAUUUUUUAAUCAUCUUCAGUUGAGCAUCAGUACAUCCACCUCCAGGGUUUUACUUGUUCUACCAUUAACCAGUAUCUCCAAGGUGUAUAAUAUACUUGUAUAUUCGAACCCUGACUGUAUCUGUGCCUCAUGACUUCCCCAGUGGUAUCCAUAGGAAUUUUCUAAUGCUCUGUGCAGGUCUAAUUGAAACGAAAUUUCUUUACUAAUUUACUUCUAAGCACAGCUGAGGGCUACAAAAAUCUUCAAGGUGGUGCAAGCCAUAUGAACUCUUUUUUCUUCUAAUGAUCAAUCCAAAGCCCAGAGCUCAAAACAAAAGCCAGAUGUUGACAGAAAUAUUUGUUCACAGGAUCAUAGGAUAUUUCAAGUUGGA